UGGAUCAGCUGAUGGUUUGUUUAUCUUGAUUCUGGAAGAGAUUUGCACUUGUUUCUUGCCGUUCCUUGUCUAACCGGCCGGAGUGCAGUACAACUGACCGGAAAAGAUGACGACGCACUUCACCAAUGUGCUGCGGCAGGCCUUCAAGACGUUCGACCGGGCGAAUCAUGCCAGCUUCAAUGCGAAUCUGCAGCAUCUGCGCCAGUUGACCGAUGAGCUGACCUACCGGGACUUGCAUCUGCGCGAGGAACUCUUUCGCAGCGUGGCCGGCCACCGGGCGCCCUGCAGCUACAUGCAUAUCUUCGAGGACGACCGCUUCUCCAUGAGCCUGUUCAUUGUGCGCGGAGCGAGUGUGAUUCCCCUGCACGAUCACCCCAUGAUGUUUGGCCUCCUUCGCUGCAUCUGGGGCCAGUUGAGGGUGGACAGCUUCUCACAACAACUGGGCCCGGAUGAGCCGCUGACCUACGACCCGCAUCCCCUAGUGGUGAAGGUGAAAGCCGAGGAACCCAACUUGGUCACACCUGCAAGUCCGUGUGCCACCUUGACGCCGCGGAAGAGGAACUACCAUCAGAUUGCCCAGUUUGGCAAUGGUGUGGCGGCAUUCUUCGACAUCCUCAGUCCGCCGUACGAUGCCGACAUGCCCACAUAUGGACCGCGACAGUGCCGCUUCUAUCGCGCCCUGAUGGACGCCGGCCAGGUGCAGCUGCAUUGCAUCCCCUCGCCGGAGACGUACUACUGCGAUGUGGUGGACACGCCCGAGUCCGUGGUGCAGGCCGCCUUUCAGUGCGCCGACGAGGUCUAUGCCGAAAAUGCCACCGGGACACAGUAAAUCGCCGCAACUAAAACCCUCCUAUUUAUUCGCCCAUCAUCACCCGUUGGCUGCCCGUAUCAGCCAAGUAUCUUCUGUGUUAUUUAAAUAAAAUUGCCUCUUUUUUUGUAGAA